AUGGAAAGUCGCUUGCGACUGCUGACGAUCGCUUUCGUCAUCUUCCUCCUCGCUUCGCCGGACUUCGCCAGCGCCGAAGUGAAAACCGCGGAGGACUCGAAGGAGAAAGAUCAAGGCGAAGGGUCAGGCGAUGAAGGAAAGGCUGCAGCUGGGAAACGAUCGUCUGAGGAGAAUGCAUCCUCGUUAGAAGACAGAAUCCUGGAUGCGGAACUUACGCAAGGAGACAUUCUCAAGCAAGGGCCAUGCGCGGACGAGGCGGGGCGGUUCUGUGCUGACGUGGAGGUGGGCAAUCGCACAAUGGAGCGGUGCCUCACCAUGCAGUACACGCUGCUGCAACUCGCGUCCACCACUGAUGCCAACCUCACGGAUAACUUCUCCGACAAGUGUCUGGAUGACAUCCGCAACUUCAAGAUCCAAGUCUACAAGAACAUCUCCAUCGACAAAGAGUGGAUGGAGGACUGCAAGGAGGACGUGGCGUCCUUCUGUGAUGACAAGUUCCUCUACCCCGGAGUCGGCAGCGUUCUCGCAUGCCUACGGGAGGCGAAGGCGAGCGAGCGCCUGUCAGACCUGUGCAAGAACCGUGUGUUUGAGGCGCAGAGGGACGCGGCAGCAGACAUGGCGUUUGACCCACAGCUCAACCAGACGUGCGCUGCCGACGCCCAGAGGCUGUGCAAAGGAGUGCCCGCAGGGGAGGGGCGUGUUCAGGACUGCCUGCGCCAGCAGCGCACGGGUCUCAGCUGGGACUGCAUGUCGGAGCUGUUCCGGCAGGAGGUGGAGGGGUCAGGAGACAUCCGCCUCAACGUGCGCCUCUUCAAAGCUUGUCUGCAGGACAAGAGGCGCUUCUGCCCCGACGUGCCGCCCGGGGAUGCGCGGGUGAAGGACUGCCUGGAGGAGCACCGGCUGGAGGCUGACUUCUCCAAAGGCUGCAAGGUGGAGUUUGACAAGAUGAUGGAGAGGCGCGCAUCAGACUUCAGGCUGGAUUUCAACCUGCAGAAGUACUGCCACAAAGACAUUGUCGAGACGUGCUACCAGGAUGCGUCAGACAUGACGGGGGCGGGGGGUAGUUCAGACGCCAAGGUGAUCCAGUGCCUGCAGGACUACAGGGACGAGCUCAAGGACCCGCGCUGCAGGCAGCAGGUGCAUAUGCUGACCAAGAGAGCUGCAGAGGACAUUCGUUUUGACCGCGCUCUAGUUGAAGCGUGCAAAGACGACUGGCAGGAGCACUGUGCGUCAGUGCCCAAGGGGCAGGGAAGGGUGUUCAUGUGCCUGCAGGACAACCGGGGGAAACUCAAGGGUCCGUGCAAGGAGGCGCUCUUCCGAGAGGAGGUGCGGUUCGCGGAGGACAUAGACUUCAAGUUUGCCAUCCGCAAGGCGUGCUCGGACGAGCUGCAGCGCCUCUGCAAAGACAAGGAGGACGCGAUGGCAUGUCUGCAGGAGCACAUGGGGGAUGCGGACAUGAGCAAGGGGUGCAGCGAGGAGGUGAAGAGCGACCAGCAGCACGCUGCAGAGGACUACCGCCUCAACUUCCGCCUCGCUAGAGAGUGCUUCGCUGAUGUGCAGAAGCUCUGCAUGCACACAUGCGAUGAAGGCGCCCUCCUGCCCUCCUCCUCCUCCUCCCCUGCAUCCCUGCCGGUCACGUGUGGCGGUGCCACUCUGCGCUGCCUCACCAGCGCCGUUAGCAACAUCACCUCUGCCACGUGUCGCGAUGAGGUGUUCCACUUCCAGAAGCAGGAGGUCGCUGACGUGGCGCUGGAUGUGCCUCUGCAGGUGGCAUGCAGGGAGGACGUGAAGGAGAGGUGUGGGGGCGAGAGGGACCACAGCAAGGCACUGGCGUGCCUGAGGCAGAACAGAGACGCGCUGUCAGAGGGGUGCAAGGAGGAGGAGCUGCGGUUCAGUGAGAUGGAGGCGUCUGAUAUCCGCCUCACCCCCACACUCAUGAACGCAUGUGGCUUGGAGCUGCACCAGUUCUGCCGGAAAGUGCCGCCCGCUGCCGGCCAGGCCUUCCGAUGCCUGCAGCUGCACGUGCAGGAGCCGGGCAUGAGCGUGGCAUGCAGAUCAGAGGUGGACCUGCAGACAACUCGCCAGUCAAAGUACUACAAGCUGGACGCGGCAGUGAAGCAGCAGUGUGGGGAGGACGUGGAGCGGCUGUGCAAGGUGGUGGAUGAGGGCCGGGAGGGCCACGCGCUCGUGCUCAAGUGCCUCGUGGACUACCAGUCCGACCUCUCUGCCAGCUGUCACACAGAGGUGGCCUAUGCAGUGCGCAUGGCCCUGUGGAUGUACCACCGUGGAUCCGACCUAACCAAGGGCUGCGAUGCAAUCAUCGAUUCCCGCUGCGCCAACUACACCACCACCAGCGGCAGCAGCAACCGCAGAGCAAGCGUGUCAGGAGCAGUGGUGGGGCAGUAUGCGCAGUGUCUGAUGGAUCAGCCCAAGGAGGCGCUGGGGAAUGAGUGUUUGCCGCUGGUGGCGCUGGUGGGGAAGGAGGGCGGGCAUGUGGGGGGGGAGAUCAGCAGCGAGCUGCUUCAAGAGACCCUCAACAAGAUUGCCCUUCUUCAGCUCUCUCAAGGUGGAUCCUCCAGUUCUGUGGCUUCUCGUUCUGAAGGACUUGUGUUAACUGGAUGGGUGGCAUUUACCGCGGUCACUGCGCUAACAGCCCUGCUCCUGGCUGUUGCCUAUGGAGUCUACCGCAAGUACUUCGAUCCCACGCGCAAUUAUACGGUUAUGCGCGGAAGCAGGUUGAUAACGUUUGCGCUUCUCGCGGGAUUAUGGAGUGCUACUGUAGCAGCCACGUCGAGCAGCAGCAGUUCGUCGCAGGGAAGCGACAGCACGAGCGCGCUAACAGCGAACAAGGUGGGCGCGCUGUUCGUGUUCCUGGGGUCGAGCUUCCUGGGCGUCUUCGUGCCGUACUUCAUUCCCGUGCGGCAAAACAUCCUCAAGUUCGGCGUGCUCUUCUCCACGGGUCUCUUCAUCGGCAUGUCGCUGCUCUACCUCACACCCGAGACGGAAGAACUUUUCGCGGAUCUCACCACAAACAAGUACCCACUGGCGUAUCUGGUGGUGGUGAUGGGCGUCUUCCUCACGUGGCUCUGCGACCUCAUCGUCAAGACUGUGUGGAGAAAACGAUCCGUUUCCGAUGAUCCAGCCAAGGAAUCCGAUCCAACGGUGGCUGCCGUCCUUGGCGUGGGCCAGAAGACCGCCACAGAGGGCGACACGGAAGGCGGCAGCGGCAGCACGCCAGCAGACUACAACGCGCUGAGCUUCGUGGACGUGGCGCUCAUCCUCUUCGCCCUCUGCUUCCACGCCGUCUUUGAAGGCCUUGCAGUGGGCCUCGCCACUACGGUCUAUGAUGUCUGGCAAAUGGCCUCCUCCAUUGCCGUCAAUGAGUUCUUUGAGGGGAUGGCGCUUGGUGUGACGCUGAGGGUUCAAGACACGGAGAGGAGUGCCUUGAAGCACGUUCUCUUUGCUCUAUGCGCAUCCGUCGUUGCUCCCCUCGGUAUUGUGAUCGGUAUCGUCCUCGACACGACUGGCGAUCCCACUGCACGCGAAUGGGUCAGGGCGUUUGGAAACGGCAUGGCGGCUGGAGUUUUCUUGUUUAUUGCCCUGGGCCACUUGAUUGCCAAGGGAAUGAAGCCUGGGCCGAAUGACAAGCCGUGGCUUGUCUUUGUCAAGUGGCAACCAGUCGAGGACGGCGACGCGACACGUGGCACCAUCGUGUCCGUCCAGCUCGGAUGUCAUCAGAUCCGAACGCGGUCCAAGGCGGGGGCGUCGCCCAAGUGGCUGCAGGACUUCAAGCUCCCCGUGGAGGCCGCUCUGCUCUUCUGGUGCCACCAGCACCACCCCGCGAAGCAGCAGCAGCAGCACGAUGGGAAGAACCAGGAGCACGAGCAGCAGCAGGAAGGGUCGCAGGAGCAGCAAAAGCAGGCAACGAAUGAAGACUCAACAGACGGUGGUCCAUCUCUCAUU